CUCUAAACCAUAUAAUAUACUCUAAAUACCAAUUUAAUCAUUACAUUUAUUUCCAUUUUUAUUUUUUUUCAUAUUCUUAAAACAAUGCAUUUUUCUCAUAAUCAUCUCUGUCUCUUGUUUUUGCUUGCAUUUUCUCUGUCACUGGUCUCUGCUAGACCUGCUACUUUUCUUGAGGAUUUUAAAGUCACUUGGUCUGAUUCCCAUAUCAAACAACUCUAUGGAGGAAAAGCUAUUCAACUUAUUCUUGACCAAAAUUCAGGAUGUGGGUUUGCGUCAAAAAUGAAGUACUUGUUUGGUAGUGUAAGCAUGAAGAUCAAGCUUGUUCCUGGAGAUUCUGCUGGAACUGUCACUGCCUUUUAUAUGAAUUCGGACACCGACAGUGUACGAGAUGAACUGGACUUUGAAUUCCUGGGAAAUAGGACAGGACAACCGUACACAGUUCAGACAAAUAUAUAUGCUCAUGGAAAGGGUGAUAGAGAGCAAAGAAUUAACUUAUGGUUUGAUCCUUCUGCUGAUUUCCACCAAUACACUAUUCGCUGGAACCAUAAGCAUAUUGUAUUUUAUGUAGAUGAUGUGCCUAUUAGAGUAUACAAAAACAAUGAAGCAAAAGGAAUCCCAUUUCCAAAAUUCCAGCCAAUGGGAGUUUACUCAACUCUAUGGGAAGCUGAUGAUUGGGCCACAAGAGGAGGAUUGGAAAAAAUUAAUUGGAGCAAAGCACCAUUUUAUGCAUACUACAAAGACUUUGAUAUUGAAGGAUGCCCCGUACCAGGACCAGCAAAUUGUGCGUCAAAUCUAAAUAAUUGGUGGGAGGGUCCUAAUUAUCAGGCCCUAAAUGCCGUUGAAGCUAGAAAAUACAGAUGGGUUCGUUUGAACCACAUGAUCUAUGAUUACUGCACCGACAAGUCUCGAUAUCCCGUUACUCCACGGGAGUGCAUGGCCGGAAUAUAAUUAAAUUUUCGGGGAAAAUAUGAACGACCUGUGAAUCGAUUUGGUGAAGCGAGAUUGAUAAGAUUAUCACAUUUCAAAAUGUGCGUCUAUAAAUUGAUAGUUUGUGUGCAUAUGUGAAUUUUCUUUGAGUGGCAUAAAAAAAAAUCAAUGUAUUUAUUAUGCAAGGUGUAUUAAGUAUACGUGUUUGUAUGUAUAUGGUUCAUGUUAUUUUGUGCCAAAAGUGUAAUAAAAUGCUUAUCGUGAAAUAUUAUACUAGAUCUCUAUAUCGGAAUUGAUGAAUA